AUGCCUCCCGCAAUUGCGCGCCGAGCGCCUUACAAAGACUUCCUCCAACCUGCCCUCCAGAGACGAUUCGCCUCAACCGCCGGAGUUCUAUUAGGGCUAGCCUAUAUCGAGAACCUCUUCUUAGCUAACUGGAGUAAUCUGCUGUGGCCAUGGUUUCCAGUUGGGCCUGCGAGUAUUCGCACCCUAGCUAUAUUCGGCUGUAUCCUCCCCAUUAUAAUACUACGAAUUGCCCAUUCUCACAUCGGCAUUCGAACGUCUCAUUCGCCCUUCGACACUUUCCGCCGCUACGCCCUGUCUUUCGCGACGAUAGAGACGAUAAUUACAUUCGCUAUCUCCGCAUGGCUAUUCAGCCAAACAUACAUGCUAUCAACUCCAGCUAAGGCAAAUCUCGGUUGGAUCACCUACUAUAGCGGGGAUCGCGCGCGGUUAAACGAGAGAGCACUAUUCUACACCGUGAAUAUCAUCAUCUUAGGGAUCGCCCAGGGCAUUUUGCACGUGGCCGCGGAUUACGAUCGAAUGCUUCUAGGGACGGUGAAGCCGAAACGCGAAGGAGAAGCGAAUACUCAAGCAACAGGCAGUUGGGUACGAUUAACCGAAUGGGUACCCGUAAUCGUCGUUCGCGCCGGGAUGCUCUCGAUAACAGUUUCUCUGGCUAACUACGCUGUACUCUACCAUUUCCUCCGACGCUCCGCCUGGAGCUGGGCCUUGUCCUUUUUCCGGAUACUCUAUAAUCUUCCAAAGUCCAAUAUCCCACCUUCCCAGGCGCCAUGGAGUAUCUGGAUGCUGGCGCGAUCGAUGUGGGCAGGGUUCUUAUUAUGCCUGCUGUGGUAUUUUGGCGAUAUGGUCUUUAGGUUACAGCUCGGAAGAGCACCUCUGAAAAACGGCCAGCCGCUCAGUGCCGAGUCGAAAGACCCCAACGGGAGCCUGUUGAAUGGGUUACAGAGCAAGAAGCCGCGCAUAUUUGCAUUUGCUAUGUGGGAGUUGGCCUUAAUCGCGAGGGACUUCGAUAUCAGAAGAAGAAGCAUAUUCGAAGAUAUCGAUCGUAAGGAUGGCCCGAUGUGGUCGCAGAUCUACGCCGUAUGCUUAAGCACGAUUAAGUCGCUGGAGCAAAGAAUCGAUGAAUAUGGAAAACCACCAGCUCCGCCUCCUACGCAACCCGAUGCCGCGCCUCCUCAGCCGCAGGCCCGAGUCGUCCAGCCCCCGAAGACAGGUGAUGUUUGGGCGCCAGCACCGAGUUCGAAGGGUUUCCGCGAUUCGUUAGGCAAGUUCGUCGCUAGCGUUGCUACGUCGCCCGGAAAGACGCCCGCCGAGGUAUACUUGCCGGAAGCGAAGAAGAAAGCGUUAGAGGCUACUGACCACCUACUUACGAGAGAGCAAAAGGAAGCACUAUCGCCCGAAGGUAUUAACUCCCUCGCCCAGACUAUAGCAUUGCAAAUUUUGAAUCUACCCACAUUCGGCAUAUUAUUUCAGCAACUGUUUAGUCGCCGAUUAGCAACUGCCGUGCUUGGCCGACCGUAUGGCGAGCCCAGCAUAUAUGUCAAUGCCGCCUACGCUCUAUCAAAGCUAGCAGUGUCCAGUUUGACGGAGGACCAGUAUGGUAACGUCCAAAGAGACGUACCGGCCAUCAUACGGACGUUUACGGCAGUAAUCAAAAAGCUGGAGAGAUUCAGGGAUGAAUUUCCGAUGCACUGGACAGAUCUUAGAAAUAAUCGGGAGUGUCCCGAGGUAGACGAGCUGUUGGAAGCGUUGAAGGACGGACUAAGCGAGCUCAUCACGGCAUUUGGGCAGUACAGCAGCGAUUUGAGGCUCACCCGGGCAGACAUGAGAAUGGCGAGAGAAGCCGCGGAGAAGAAGCAGGUAGAAGCGGUGGCAGAAGUGCCGAGACGGGCCGCGGCAGUCCGUACGGCAGAGGCUCAACCGCAGAUGCAGCAAGUACGCUAG